AUGGCAGUCGCAUUUGUUUCAGAAUUAAAAUCAGUUGAACAGGAACGUAGUUGUCCAAAACUAUGGUUUGAAUUUGAAGGUCGAUGUUACUAUCAUAUCAAGUCUAAGUUAUCCGCACAUAAAGCUUGGGAGAAGUGUAGACGUCAUUGGGGCUCUGAUUUGGUGUCCAUACACGACCGCUAUUUAAAUGAGUUCAUUGCUAAUUUGGAAGAAGAUGGCUUACUAAUUGGACUUUACUAUAACGAGGGGAAAAAUGCAUAUCAAUGGACCGACGAAACUCCGGUUGACUUUGUUAGCAGCGGUACGUAA